AUGAAUUCUCCAAGAAUUACUAAAUUAGAGAAUUUACCUGUGGAAAUGUUAAUGGAAAUAUUUAUUUAUUUUACAGCUGAUCAAAUUUAUUUCUCAUUUUCUCAAUUAAAUAAUUCUUUCAAUUUAAUUCUCAAAUCAUUACCAAAAUUAAUUCUUGUGAUACACGAACAUUUAGAUCCUUCUGUUCUCUCUUUUUUUAAUUCAUUCAACAAAAUUUUCUACAAAUUUUGUGGUUCACGUAUGUGUUGCGGUCGUUGUCACCUUCAUUCGAUAAAUGGUGGUAAUCGUUUGUAUGGAAUUUAUCCGGAAAUAGAUAACGGAUGGUAUCCAAAAUUCCAUGAAGAACGAUUUCCUUAUUAUCCCAGUAAAAUCGAAAAUAUUAUUCAGCCUGAUAAUUAUUCUCGAUUGCAAUCAUUGGUUUUACCAAAUGCUUCGUCUAAACUGACACAACUGAUAUUUCAUGGUGAGUUUCCUCGUUUAAAAGUCUGCCAUCUUGGUAAAUGCGAGUCAGUUAUUCUUUCAUUUUCAAUGACAAUACAAUUACAAAAUCUUCGUCAAUUAACAAUACGAGGACAACAAGGUCAUGUAUUAGAAAAGAUAUUAUUGGUUUGUCCUUGUUUAGUAUAUCUGGAUUUUUCAUGUGAUGAUUCCAUUCCUCCAUUUCAUUUCAUCAAUCGUUGUUUUCCAUUGAUGAAAUAUCUUCGACUCGGUCGACUUAAACACUUUUUCUUUCACAACGGACAAUUCGUUUUUCUUCUCUCACUCUUUCCAAAUCUUUUACAAUUUCAUUUAAUUGUUAAUGAUGUUGACACAAUCAAUAUUCAAGAAAUUGCGAAUUAUUUACAUCGUCAAUGUCCAUUACUGAAAAUAUUAGUUUUACGUAUCUAUAUGCAAGCACAUAUGUGUCGUUUUUCUUCUGUCGUUAAACUACUCUUUUGUGAUGUUGUGACCAUCGUUGACGUUGAAACUGUGGUUGACGGUGUAACUAUUGUUGACAUCGAAACUGUUGUUGAUGGUGUGGCUAUUGCUGACGAUGAAACCUUUGUUAAUGAUGUGGCUAUUGUUGACAUCGAAACUGUUGUUGAUGAUGUAGCUAUUGAUGACGUUGAAACUGUAGCUGAUACUGUAACUGAAUUUGUGAUUGAUGUUGAAGCUGAUGGUAUAGUUGUUCGGCUAUCUAAUAGUGAAAAAAGAUAG